CGCUGCUUGGGGGAGAGUUGAGCGCUUUUUCCCCCCUCUUUUUUUUCUUUUUUCUUUUUUUUUUUUUCUCCUCUUCUUCUUAAACAAACCACAAACGGAUGUGAGGGAAGGAAGGUGUUUCUUUUACUCCUGAGCCCAGACACCUCUCUCUGUUCCGUCUAAGCUUGUUUUGCUGAACACUUUUUUUUUUUUCAAAAAGGAGAAGAAAAGGAGUUACUUGAUGUAAGAGUGAAAUGGACGUAAGAUUUUAUCCACCUCCAGCCCAGCCCGCAGCUGCGCCCGACGCGCCUUGUCUGGGACCUUCUCCCUGCCUGGACCCCUACUAUUGCAACAAGCUGGCUGCGUCUCCAGCACGCGACAGAGUCGCAGCUCCGAGUUUCGGUCACUCGGGACGCACUCGCGCGUGCACACACAGCGUUUGACGGUGAGAACAUGUAUAUGAGCAUGACAGAGCCGAGCCAGGACUAUGUGCCAGCCAGCCAGUCCUACCCCGGCCCAAGCCUGGAAAGUGAGGACUUUAACAUUCCGCCCAUCACACCUCCUUCCCUCCCUGACCACUCGCUGGUGCACUUGAAUGAAGUUGAUUCUGGCUACCACUCUCUGUGUCACCCAAUGAAUCACAAUGGCCUGCUACCAUUUCAUCCUCAAAGCAUGGACCUACCUGAAAUCACCGUUUCCAACAUGCUGGGCCAGGAUGGAACGCUGCUUUCUAACUCCAUUUCUGUGAUGCAAGAUAUCCGGACCCCAGAAGGGAGUCAGUACAACUCCCACCCGCAGAUGGCAGCCAUGCGUCCCCGAGGCCAGCCCACAGACAUCAGGCAGCAGCCAGGGAUGAUGCCAGCCAGCCAACUGACCACCAUCAAUCAAUCACAGCUAAGUGCACAGCUUGGUCUGAACAUGGGAGGAAGCAGUGUUCCCCACAACUCACCCUCGCCACCUGGGAGCAAGUCUGCAACUCCCUCACCAUCCAGUUCAGUGCAUGAAGAUGAAGGCGACGAUGCCUCUAAGAUCAAUGGAGGAGAGAAGCGGCCUGCCUCUGAUAUGGGGAAAAAGCCAAAAACUCCAAAAAAGAAGAAGAAGAAGGACCCCAAUGAGCCCCAGAAGCCUGUGUCUGCCUAUGCGUUAUUCUUCCGUGACACUCAGGCCGCCAUCAAGGGCCAAAAUCCAAAUGCCACCUUUGGUGAAGUAUCAAAAAUCGUGGCUUCCAUGUGGGAUGGCUUAGGAGAAGAGCAAAAACAGGUCUAUAAAAAGAAAACCGAGGCUGCAAAGAAAGAGUACCUGAAGCAACUCGCAGCAUACAGAGCCAGCCUUGUAUCCAAGAGCUACAGUGAACCUGUUGAUGUAAAGACAUCUCAACCUCCUCAGCUGAUCAAUUCCAAGCCUUCAGUGUUCCACGGGCCAAGCCAGGCCCACUCAGCUCUGUACCUAAGUUCGCACUAUCACCAACAACCAGGAAUGAAUCCUCACCUAACUGCCAUGCAUCCAAGCCUCCCCAGGAGCAUAGCACCCAAGCCGAAUAACCAAAUGCCAGUGACUGUCUCUAUAGCCAACAUGGCUGUGUCGCCCCCUCCUCCCCUCCAGAUCAGCCCACCUCUUCACCAGCAUCUCAACAUGCAGCAACACCAGACACUUGCCAUGCAGCAACCCAUUGGGAACCAGCUCCCCAUGCAGGUCCAGUCUGCCUUACAUUCACCCACCAUGCAGCAAGGAUUUACUCUUCAACCUGACUACCAGACGAUUAUCAAUCCCACCUCUACAGCCGCACAAGUUGUCACCCAAGCAAUGGAAUACGUACGUUCCGGGUGCAGAAAUCCCGCACCUCAGCCGGUGGACUGGAAUAGCGACUACUGCAGUAGUGGGGGCAUGCCGAGGGACAAAGCACUGUACCUUACCUGAAAAUCUGGACUCCUCUCCUUUCUGCUGAGGAAUUCAGGGAAGUGGCUACACUUGUGGAUUGUUUUGGGCAAUCAAGGCCGUUCUCCAUUUUGUUAGAAAAUGCAAGUUGCUAAGCACGUAGGACCAUUCGAGCUUGUGGGUCACCCACUCUGGAAGAAAUAGUCAUGCUUCUUUAUUAUUUUUUUAAUCCUUAUGGACAUUGUUUUUCUCCUUCCCUGAAGAAAAUUUGGACCAUUCAUUCAGACCUUAUUGUUGAUUUUUUUUUUGUUUUUUGGGCUUUUUUUUUUUUUUUUUUUUUUUUUUUUUUUUUUUGCUGUGAAGUGCUAUGCUCUAGUAACUGCCUUAGCAACUGUAGAUGUCUCGGAUAAAAGUCCUGGAUUUUCCAUUGGUUUUCAUAAUGGGUGUUUAUAUGAAACUACUAAAGACUUUUUAAAUGGCUUGAUGUAGCAGUCAUAGCAAGUUUGUAAAUAGCAUCUAUGUUACACUCUCCUAGAGUAUAAAAUGUGAAUGUUUUUGUAGCUAAAUUGUAAUUUGGAACUGGCUCAUUCCAGUUUAUUGGUUUCACAAUAGGGGUUAAAAUUGGCAAGCAUUCAUAUUUUUACUUCAUUUUUAAAAACAACUAAUAGUUCUAUAUUUUCGAAAUAUUUGAAAAAAAGGUAUUCCCAAAUGAUUUUAAUUUAAAAACAAAUUGGCAUUGUCUCAUUGACCAGACAAGAAGAAGUUAGUGUUAAGGGAAGUGCAAACACAUUUAUUUUGUACUGCAGAAAAAUUGCUUUUUUGUAUCACUUUUUGUGUAAUGGUUAGUAAAUGUCAUUUAAGUCCUUUUAUGUAUAAAACUGCCAAAUCUUAUCUGAUAUUUUAUUAGAUGCAGAAACAGAUUGGAAACAGCUAAAUUAUAGCCUUUACAUGUGGCUCUGUGUUAUGGUUUCUUCAUACUGUGUCUGUAUUUAAUCUUUUUUAUGGAACCUGUUGCGCCUAUUUAUGAAAUAAUAAAUAUAGGUGUUUGUAAGUAAAUUUGUUAGUAUUUGAAAGGGGUUUCUUUAAUGUUCUAACUUUUGCUGGCAAAAAAAAAACCCUCACUUUUCAUGUGAAUACUUUAUGAUUUAGUUUUUAAGGUGACAUGAAUAAAGCCAAGCCUGCUUCACAUUUAGCAGCAAGUUAAAGUAAGCAGUCCUUAUUUCUGCAUUUCCUUGGUUGAUGCAAACAAAAAAUUCUUAUAUCCUAACACUUACUUCUCAUACUGUAAGGGGUUUGUCCACAAAGACACAGAAACUGCAAGGCUAGACAGACAGGUCCUCCAACAGAGAAGGAUUGCCAGUGGAUUCUGGAACAUCAGUCCCCAUGCCCCAGAGUAAACUCCAGUCAACUAAAACUCCUCAAGCUGCACACUUUUCAGAAAAUAUUUAAGCAUUGAACCAGGGAUGGGAGGACAUAAAAAGGAAACUAUAUGUCAAGAACACACCUCUAAUGAAAGGUGAGUGACUACAUAGCACAAGAGGAUGAACACGAAAGCCUUCCUCAGCUGACAGCAUUCUGGAUUUUUGCUGUCUUUUCUGUCUACAGAUCAUUUCUCUUUCCAGAAUUCCUGGGUCUCCCGAGAGAAUUCUGGGGAUCUGAGAGAUUUGCUGGGACCCCAAAGCAUGGAGAAUCUAGCUGGGCAUUGCAAAACUUUUAUACAAACAAAAGCUGGGAGAUUAUCCGCUAGAGGAGAUUGUAUCCAGCAAAUUGGUCUGGUUGGAAAUCAAGAAUGGCCGACAUCUCUUCCAUGAAAUGUAUGAAAUAAAUUUAGCAAUUUAACCAAAUACAAAUAUAUGCAUUGUGUAAUCCCAUCAGAAUUUAAAAAGACAAAAGGUAUGCUUGCUUUGGAAUGAUUUUGGGCAUUGUACAACCUUUAAUCACUUGAGCAUGUAAUAACUAAUAAAUAAUGCAGAUCCAAUGUGAUUAUGAAAAUGACUGUAGCUGAGAGCGCUAAUUUUCCUGUCUUGAAACUGUAUAGAACUCAUGUGAUUAAGUUCACAGUUUAUUGUUUGUCUGUUUAGUAUUUUAGAAAUAUACCAGCACUGCUAAUUAA